UGUCUGUGUUGUGAGGAUUUUUCACAAUUACAUAUUCGGAUCACAUACAUAGCACAUAAUUUCUCUCUCUCUCCCCACCACCCCAUCUCAAUCCCAUCCCAGUAAUCCCACCCCACCUCCCCAAUCCUGUUCCACCGCCCGCUGUCCCAGCAGAGCAGAUUUCCAGGAGAGUCAGCAAGUAUUCCUAAGAAUGGACAUUGGGUGUCUGCAUUCCCAGUUUAGAAGAACUGCUUUUUUGUGUAGUAAAGGGAGGAAACAAUGUUGGAAGUUUGAUGUUCUAGGACAUGGCACAUGGCAAGGUCUCAGUUCGCUUUAUUCUUUCAAGAACAGUUGCGAUAGACUCACCUGUCAACGUAACUUUGGAAUUUCAUCACAACACUUGACUCGUGUCCAAGCACUGGUCAUUGAGUGCAAUCAUCCUCAAAAUGCCGAUUUUCCUCGUUGUUACUCUAAAAAGGAGAAGAAACCAUUUCCUAUACCCAUAGUUGAGUUACGACGAGCUGCCAGGGAGAGGCUGAAGAAUAGGAACAACCAACCAAGAGGUAUUCCGCCUCCAAAAAGAGGUUUAGUGGUUGAAAGACUAAUUCCUGUUGCAUACAAGGUGUUGAAUGCGAGAAUAACAUUAAUCAACAAUCUCAAGAAGCUCUUGAAAGUGAUGCCUGUCAAUGCCUGCAAGUGGUGUAGUGAAAUUCAUGUGGGUCCUGUUGGCCACCCUUUCAAAUCGUGUAGAGGGCCACAAGCAUCAAUCCGUAAAGGGGCUCAUGAAUGGGUUGAAGCAGUUGUUGAGGACAUGCUGGUACCAGUUGAGGCCUAUCACUUGUAUGAUCGUCUUGGGAAGCGUAUUUCUCAUGAGGAGAGAUUUUCCAUCCCAAGAAUUCCAGCGGUGGUUGAGCUCUGCAUUCAGGCAGGAGUUGACCUGACUGAAUAUCCUACCAAAAGGAGGAGAAAACCGGUCAUACGCAUUGGGAGAAAAGAGUUUGUUGAUGCUGAUGAAAGUGAACUUCCGGACCCCGAUCCAGAUGCGCCAAAGCCAGAAAUAUUAGCUGAAAUACUGGACUCUGAAAUUGUACCGCCAUCCGGCAAAGAAGAUACGGCAUUACUUGCUGAGGAAACGCUCACGGUGUGGGAAGAGAUGAGGGAAGGAGCCAAGAGGCUGAUGAAGAUGUACCCUGUAAGGGUUUGUGGUUAUUGUCCUGAAGUGCAUGUGGGCCCAACUGGACACAAAGCUCAGAACUGUGGCGCUCAUAAGCACCAGCAACGUAAUGGGCAACAUGGAUGGCAAGCAGCAGUUCUUGAUGACUUGAUUCCACCUAAAUUUGUCUGGCAUGUACCUGAUGUUAAUAAGCCUCUGGAGAGGGAGCUGAGGAACUUCUAUGGCCAGGCCCCAGCAGUGGUAGAAUUAUGUGUACAGGCUGGUGCUGCUGUGCCUGAGAAGUACAAACCAACUAUGAGGUUGGAUGUGGGAAUUCCUACAGAUGUUAGAGAAGCCGAAAUGGUUGUCUGAAGGUUCUUUUUGCUGUUCUUUACCCCUCAAUAGCAGGUGUGUUGGCCAUCAAUCAUCAGAUUAUAAAAGGAUUAAGCAAAUCUCACAAUGAAAUUUGUAUGCAAGAAGUGUCUUUUAAAUAAAUUAGCUAUUGCACUUGCAUAUUGAAUCCCCAGGAGUAUUGAUGAUUGGGGCUUGGCUAUAGUGAUCUUCAAGCAGCACCUGAUAAUAUAUCUUUCUAGCCAAGUCAUAUGUUGAGAAUGUCUAAGAAGCACAAUUCCACGUGUCAGCCAGCGGAAAAUGGAAAGGGUUUUUGCAUUGAGGAGAAGUUUAUGAAGAAAGGAAAUGAAACUUUCAAGUCUCCCCAGUUCAGCAAUAUUGUAUAUAACUUUGUCUUAGUCCCUGAGAGGAAGGAGUUUGAGUACUAUGGUAAAAUGUCGCUAAUUUAUGGAGUAGAUUACUAUUCUCUAUGUAGCUUAUGAGUUUGAAGUCUUUUUAUAGAUGUAGAAAGGUUAAGUCUACUUGUUUUCUCUUCUUGUUCAUCAUUUCUGAUCGUAUUGUGAUACUGGCGUUAGUUGUAUCAUGCUGUUUUUGCCUGAGCACUAGUAGCAUUGGCGAGAAGGAGAAAUACAAUCAUCAUUGCUAAUUUACUAAGUUCAAGGAAGGGGGAAAUUAGAAGGUAAAAAUAGAGUUGAUUAUUACACAAACAAUCAUGAAAUAUAUAUUGGGCAAAUUCACAGGGGGAUACAAAUUGAAAGCACUGAAAUGUAAACUGACAUAACCACAAACGAUAGUUGCACCUCACCAGAAUACAACAAGACAAGUAACCAAACAACUAUAUGAACUCAAUCAUUCUAGAACCAGUUCUGACAGAAUCACCCCACUCUAUAGAAUUAUCACUUGAGAUCAACUUCUUGAUAAUUUUUUUCCUAUGAUCCAAAUCAAGGGGUUAUUGGUCCUUCUGGAAAAGUGGGUUUAGGCAAUUCUGGGAACUUUGGGAGUUCAGGAAGUUUAGGCAACUCAGGCAAUUCGGGUUUUGGCAAUGUUGGAAU